AUGGAUGACCUGUGGCAGAUAACCGGUGGAUUGUGUGGGGUGGUAGAGGCAGGCGGCACGAUAGGCCCUUCUGUGCACACGAAGAUAGUUCCCAGUGGACUAGUCGUUGGUGCUGAGCUGGAGGGUGAUGGCGCCCCGACGCCAAGCCAGAGCCUGAAUGAGGGUCAGCCACGGCGGUGGUGCUGCUGCGCAGGGCGUGAAAGCGCGAGAAAUCUCCGCGUAGGGAGCGAGCUUUUAAGAUUCGAGGAUCUUCUGGGGGCUGUGCUGGACACUGCUGCAAGGCUUGUGCGCCUGGUGCAUUGCCCCGUAAGUUCUGGAGCUCGAGUACGGAGAGACAUAGUCUUGCACGUUGGUGGCGGCGAGAAGGUUUUGGCUGCUGUCAAUGAGUGGACAAGUCACUUGAAUGAGAAGUGCAAGGUGAAAGGACAGCGCAACUAUCAUGCUCUCAUUAACCCUGCCAGCGGCAGCGGACAGGCUGCAUCUAGGUGGCAGCAAGCGCGCGAGCUCUUCGAUUCUUUGACAUACUUGAAUAUCACUGAAUCCUUUACAACACGUGCUGGAGAAGCAGGGGAGAUUGCUUCCCAGCUGGAUCCCCGCCAGUGCGACGGCAUCAUUGUGGUCAGUGGCGAUGGCAUGGUCCACGAAGUUUUCAACGGCCUUGCUUCACGCAGCGACCGAGCGGAGGCUUUGCGCAUCGCAGUCGGCCACAUUCCUGCAGGCAGCGGGAAUGCCCUGGCCAAGAGCAUCCUCCACUCCUCUGGUGAGGCCUUCGGUGUUUUGGAUGCAGCCUUUGUCAUAGCGAAGGGCCACCAGCAAGACCUGGACCUGAUGACCGUGUCCCAGCCGAACCAGCCAGAUCGAACCUCCUUUUUGGGUUUGUCUGCGGGCGUCAUCGCCGACGUGGACCUGGGUUCUGAGUGGCUGCGCUUUAUGGGAGGCUUCCGAUUCACGCUCUAUGCUGGGGUCUGUAUCGUGUAUCCCCGACCACUGCUGGCCGAGCUGCAGUAUUGGCCCAGCCAUGCCGGCCAGCCGCCUAUGCCGCCUCCGAGCAUUGACUCUGAGCUUCCAGCGGGGCCAUGGACCUCCAUCUCGGGACCCUUCACGGUUUUCUGGAGCUCCAACAUGGAAUGGACUUGUUACAACACGCAGUUGGCACCGGGACAGUCCAUGGGAGACGGCGUCUGCUCCAUAGUUCUGCUCCGCAACGCAGGACGGGUUGCUCUGACUCGCUUCCUACUCGCCCUGGAAUCGGACGGUGGGCACCUUGAUGUGGAAGGCACUGAAAAGCUGGAGUGCAGGGCCUUCCGCCUUCGUCCUCUUACGGCUGAUGCCCGUGGGUACUUCAGCCUGGAUGGCGAGGAAGUGCCAUUGCAGCCCAUCCAGUUCUGGCCAGCGGGGCAAGGGCGUGUGAUAGGAAGCUCGUCUCCAGAUGGACCUAUCGACUCCGUGAUGGCUGUCUGA